AUGGCAGCGCUCCGAGACUCCAUCGAGUUGGACGGCGGCGAAGACUGGGACGAUUGGGUCGAUGACAGCUCGUCUGUUAGUUUCGUCUGCGUCUUUUGUACCAGCAAGUUCCGGACUGAGGCGCCGCUACACGCACAUCUCCAAGAGACGCACGACUUCUCACUGCACCAGGAGAUCUUGACCCACAAGCUGGACACGUACGGCACGAUCCAACUCAUCAACUUCCUUCGAUGGAACGCGCUGAAUGGAGUUGCAGCUGAUCGCGUCAAGCAGACACUAGCCACGGAAGGAAGCGCUGCUUUCCAGAAAGACGAAUUCCUCAAGCCAGUGGUGGCAGACGACCCGCUGCUCUAUUGUCUUGACUGCGCCGACAGCGACAGCAGCGACGAUGGAGACGAGCAUGAAGCUGUGGAAAACAGGAAAGGUGUAAAAGUGGAGGCUUCCUCCGCUCGAGAUGACACUAGCGACCUGGCUGCUAGGCUGCAGCGAGAGAAUCAAGCGCUCAAGCAGCAAGUCGCCAGAUUGUCAAAGCUUGUGCAGGACUUUGUCGUCGAUGGUGAAAGCGAUGCGCCAAUUGAGGACGCUGCAAACAACGAUACGUAUUACUUUGACUCGUACUCGAAGGUGGAUAUCCACCGCGAGAUGAUCACGGACAGGGUCCGCACUGAUGGGUAUCGGAAUGCGAUUCUCAACAACCCGGAGGUGUUUAAAGGCAAGGUAGUGAUGGAUGUUGGCUGUGGCACAGGUAUCCUGAGCAUGUUUGCUGCUCAGGCUGGUGCUGCGAAAGUGAUUGGCAUCGACUGCAGUGAAAUGGGAGACGUGGCGCGCGAGAUUGUAGUAGCGAACGGUUUUAGCGAUGUUACCACUAUUCUUCGCGGCAAGGUGGAAGACAUGGAUCUGCCUGUCGACAAGGUAGACAUCAUUGUCUCAGAGUGGAUGGGCUACUGUCUUCUAUACGAAGCAAUGCUGGACACGGUGCUGUUUGCACGAGACAAGUGGCUUGCUCCGGAUGGUCGCUUGUUCCCUGACAAGUGUUCGCUGUUCAUUCAGGGUAUGGAGGACUCAUCCCAGCGGUUAGCUUUCUGGGACAACGUCUACGGUUUCAAUAUGCAUCCCAUCAAGUCCAAGAUCUCGAUCCGAGACGCGUUCGUAGAAGACGUUCAGCUGAGUGACAUUAUUACGAGUCGCGAGCUGCUGCAGAAGAUUGACAUUGAUCACGUCACAUACGACGAGCUCGACUUCCACUCGACCUUCACUCUGUCCAUCAUGAGGGAUGCGACCAUGCACGGGUUCGUGUCCAGCUUCGACAUUGGAUUUGAGCGCGGUAUCCCGCACCCUGAGUACUUUACAACGGGAUCCGAAGGUGUGCCGACGCACUGGCACCAGGUCUUUUUCCAUAUCUCGGAACCCUUUGCCGUGAAGAAAGGUGACCGAAUCGACGGUAAAUGGUGGGUGCGACGGAACGCUGAGAACCCACGUUUCCUAGACGUUGAGAUUCAGUGGAAGGAAGCUGUCGAGGAAGCGUUCCUUGUCCAGCGUUAUCGUAUUCAUUAG